AAAACACGCAGGUGGCAUCUUUCUUGUCCCGUAUUGGUGGGUUUGUGAUUGUGUCGGAUGAGGAAGAGCGUGAAAGUGAGUUUCAGAGGAAAGCGAGGCGGCCAGCGGAGGUUUCCUGGUCAGAGAAUGUCUGUGAUCUCUACUUUGCGUACCACAUCUGGGUGAAUCUCUGUUCCCUGAACGCAUUUCGUCGUCGCAAAGGACUUGGCACACUGCAGUUACGCGCCAUUGCCGGAGGGCGUAGUAGUCAGAUGGAUGUUCUUGUUUACUCCUACCUUCUGUGUGAUAGUGUGGCAAACGGUGUUAUUCUUGAUCACCAGCCUGUGCUGCAGUAUCUCUACGGUAUCCAGCGUAUCGGCAUGGUGAUGUCGCCUUUAAGCAACAACGGUCUGGGUCUUCCAUACAUGCAAAACCCAUUUCAUAUUUUUUUUUGCCGUGGUCUGAACGUGUCACUUGCCACUGAUCGACCGUUGCUAUUUCAUCUUUCUAAAGAACCACUUAUUGAGGAAUAUGGUACGGCGAGUCGAUUGUAUCAGCUUUCCGGCAUUGAUAUUUGUGAGAUUGCGCUUAACUCCGUGAUGAUAUCGUCCUUUCCAUAUGGCACAAAGGCGGCGUGGCUGGGCGAAGCCUUAUUGACGGAAGGACCUAAAGGAAAUAUCUUUGAGUACAGCAAAGUGCCGACCGCACGCCUGGAAUUGCGGCAGGACAUGUGGCAGACGGAACUGAAUAUCAUUACCGAGGCGGCAAAGCAAAAUUCACGUGUCGAUGAUACCACCACUGUGGCGCUACAGAUGCCUGUUACUGCUGUUAUUAAUGCUGCGAACUGUUCUACCUCUACUGGGGAAUACUCUGCGACGAGUUCUGUGACUACUACCGCAAUUGUGCAAUCAAAUCAUGUGCUAUUAAAUCAGGUGCCUUUUGUCGUGUUGGACCCUAAAAUUGAGUAUCCGCGGGUGGUGUUUGUUGGACCGCCGGAGCGCGAUCCUUCUCACACGGUGGCAACACAAUUACUGCACCGCGCAUUGGAACUGCGUGCUCAGUACGUUGGCCUGAACCGUCUCGGGGAGGUCCUGGACGGGAAGGAUAUGUUGAACCCACACGAAAUUGAGAAUGCGUUCCGCCGUGACGAAGCGUUUGAUGAGAACGAAUGGAUGUUUAAGACGGUCGAGGGGGUUCUUGUGCCACACGAGGUGCACCAAAUCCCGCGACUUCCAAAAGAUAUGUUUCAUUACGAUGACUUCCGUGUGCAUGUACAGGAGCUUCGGCUCAUUUUGGAGAACAUUCAUGUGCGUAACUUCACGACACGGCGGUUAGACCUGCUUGAACACAAAUUCAUGCUGCACCUCGCGGUAAACCGCAGUCUUGAAGCAGGGACAACGGCAAAAAAAGCUUCACAGAACCGUGACUUUUACCAGGCGACAAAGGUGGACAAUAACAUCCAUGUGGAGACGUGCAUGACGGCGCGGCAUCUGUUAAACUUUAUUGUAUCAAAGGCAAACAACAAUGGCGAUGACAUUGUGUCCCAUCAGGAGGGGAAGGAGCCGCAGACACUGCGGCAACUUUUGCAGGAGUUGCAGAUCUCUCCAAACACACUCACCGUGGAUGACCUCAACGUGCAGGUGGACACCACACUUGGGGGUGGCCGGUGCCCAGUACACACCCGAGGGGCGAGACGAGCUGCUGACAUUACUU